AACCCUUCUCAUUUCUUGAAAUUAAAAAAAAAAAAAACACAGCAGCAACCAUCAAGAAUGCAAUUCCUCUUCCGAUAUCUCCGGCCCCACGGCCGCCGCCAACACCACCGGAGCUUCGUCGACGCCGCCUCCAUCAAAUACGUAAAAGACCGUGGGCUAGACCACGCAGUGCAGAGAGAAAAACACUUAAAACCAAUGAUAAACAUCAAGAACCUCAUUAAAUCAGAGCCGUCAAAAUCACUUCCACUCUCUGUAAUCACUCAAAAUAAAGAAUUUCUCAAAAUCCCAACUCGCCCAAUUGAUUUUAUCCGAAAAUACCCUUCAGUGUUUCAAGAAAUUUCACCGGGUGGCAUCAGUGUCCAUCCCCAUAUCAAGCUCACUCCUCAGGUACUUGAUCUUGACGCUGAAGAACAGUUAGUUUAUGAGAGUGUUAGUUAUAGAAAAAAUGUUUCUGAUAGAGUUUUAAAGCUGUUAAUGAUUUCUAGAAUUGAUAAAAUUCCAUUGAAGAUUCUUGAUUUUGUUAAAUUUGAGCUGGGUUUGCCUCCUGAUCUUGUUAAAACUUUAGUUCCCGAGUUUCCUGAUUGUUUUCGGGUUAUUGGUAAUGGCGAUAUUGAUAAUUAUGCAAAUUUAUUAUCCGGGUCUGGUUCGGAUUUGUGUUUGGAGUUGGUUUGUUGGAGCAAUGAAUUGGCUUGUUCUUGCAUGGAAAAGAAAGCAGCAAGUGAUAAAAUUGACUAUAAAAAGGGAAUGCCUUUAGCGUUUCCGAUGCAGUUUUCGAAGGGAUUCGAGAUGGAUAAGCACUUGAAGAAGUGGUUAAACGAUUGGCAGAAGUUGCCUUAUAUUUCUCCGUAUGAGAAUGCAACACAUUUAGGCUCGAGUACGGAUGAGUCUGAUAAGUGGGCAGUGUCUGUUUUGCAUGAGGUUCUUAAUCUUUUUGUGUGGAAGAAGGUUGAGAUGGAUACUUUGUUGUGUUUAGGAGAGUGGUUGGGGAUUCGGUCUAGGUUCAAGAGAGCGUUGCUUCACCAUCCCGGGCUCUUUUACUUGUCUAACAAAAUGGGAAGUUGUACUGUGGUUUUGAGGGAGGCCUAUAAGAGGGGAAUGCUGAUCGAGAGGAGUCCGUUGAUAGAUAUUAGGAACCAGUAUGUUCAUCUCAUGAUUACUGCAAGUGAAGAUCAUAAAGCAAUUAGUGUAUCUGGAGGAAGUAAACAACGGGAAAAAAAGAUGGGCCAAGAAUCUAAAGAGCAAGGAGAGAAAGGCGACAAUGUGGAUGCUGUGGUGGGGAAUGAUAUGGAUUUAGAUCAUGAGGAUGAUGACGACGAUAUAUAUGAUGAAAGUGAGGAAGAAGGUGAGAAUAUGACACAUGCUGGUAGAAAUUUAUCAAAUUACAGAUCAAGAUUGAAGACGAUUAAGAAGUUCGAUGCAAGAGGGCCUUCAAAGAAUUUUGGAAGACAAAGGCUGGUUCAAAAACACCAUGGGGUGACCAAAGAUGUAGAUGAUAAGGAUUUAGAUCUUGAGGAUGAUGAAAGUGAGAAAGAAGGUGAGAGUAUGACUCAUGGUCAUAGAAACUUAUCAAAUAAUAGAUCAAGAAUGAAGCCGAUUAAAAUAUUUGAUGCAAGGGAGCCUUCAAGGAAUUUUGGAAGGCAAAAAUCUGGAAGAAAGUCAGAUAUGAGAAGACGACCAGCUUGGUCGUGAGAAGACGACCUGAGGCGGCAAGUGGUUUGGGUCGGCGGGUAGUUUGGGUUUAAAUGGGUGGAGCAUCUUUUUAAUUCGUCAAAUGGUGAUGAAAAAGUAUCUGUUGUUGGUCUACAAUUAACAAUAACUUUUUAAAUUCUAUGUUUCGGACAGUAUUUUAAAGAUCAAUUCGGUAUUCCACCUGAUAUGGUCACUAGUUUACAGUUCAACAGAUUCAACUAAAUAGUUCCGCUGUUAUGUAUUUCAAUAUUUCAGGUUUGUUCGUUUCCGUUUUGUUUACGGGCAACAUAUUGCUCAUAGCACAUCAAUGUAAACUGUUCACAUCUUGUAAUUUAAAGAUUAUGUCAUCACUUCUUUUUCC